AGCAGCAGCGCACGCGGGCUGGCGUAGCAAGGGACAUGGGAUAUGUGCACAAACGCCUCGCGUCCACCGCUGCAAAGCUAGCAGUCUCCCCGUCCUCCGCCAGGGCAUUCCCCCCGCCCGACGCCAUCUCCAAUCCCAGGGCAUUCGACCCCGAGACCUAUGCCGCCCUCCAACCACCACCGGCCUCGUCAUUAACAGCCCUUGCGCACCGACUGGGGCUGGGAAGGGUGCUGUCCCCGACAGAAGUGCAGCAGGCGUGCACGCAUCCGAGUUUUGUGACGCUGUACCAGAAACACUACCCGAAUGAAGCGAAGCCGGCGACGAAUGGCAACCUUUCUACGGUCGGCAAUUCUUUGCUGGGGCUGUUCGCCUCGGAGUACCUGAAUGCGAGCUAUCCGCAUCUACCGCUCAGAGUGCUGAAGGCAGCAGUGAGCGCGUAUGUCGGCGCCAAGACGUGUGCGAGCAUCGCGACAGAGAUUGGUGCUACGCCUUUGCUACGAUGGCAUCGAACGACAGCAACCCCGCUGAAGCCCGCCCUCCUCCUUCCCGACGCCCUCUCCUCCAUACCCCGAUCCAUAGUCGCCCUCGUGUACCAGCACCGGUCCCUACCAAUAACGCGCCAGUUUGUCCACGACCUCUUCCUCAGCCGCGAAGUUGACCUCCGAGCGUUCAUUAAAUUCCGAGACCCGAAGAAGGCACUCAAGGAGACCGUGGCCAAGUUCGAGCGGGAGAGGCCUGUAUCCCGAUUACUCGCAGAGACGGGUCGAUUCUCCAAUUCACCCGUUUUCGUUGUCGGCAUAUACUCAGGAGCCGACCAACUGGGGGAAGGGUUCGGCACCUCAUUAAAAAUGGCAGAAUUCCGCGCUGCCGAAGACUCCCUUCACCGCCUAUACCUCACUCGCACGCCGCCCGAACAGCUCCGUCUCCCCUCCUCGACCUUCUCGCCAUCACCAUCCGACCUGUACACGUACAAGCCCCCGAAAGGCUCGAAGCUGGAAUACGUCGCGGGUGAGCUUGGCAUGGAGGAGAUCGAGUACGCGAGCGGCGGAAGGACCGGGCUGGUCACGCCCCCUUCCAGCUAAGUGCAGCAGACUCUUGGGGUUCAGUUGUUGGAGUGUACAUUAUAGUUGGAGUUAAUUGGCUGGCAUUAUCUGGGCGCAGGCUACCUUGCUGGCUGCCGUCGCGCUUAUCUCCGCUCAUGACGGGAUGCUUGUUAUUAUCUACCACGCUAAUCGCAUUGCUGUCGAGAUGGCUUUCUAAAACCUCUUUC